AUGCAGUCUGUCUCGGUGCCCCCCGGCAAGUACGAGUUCCUCGUCGUUGUCCCGGAUAAGCCUGGCGUUCGCGAGAAGAGGCUCGAAGUUAGACAUAUUCACUUCAGCAACAUGCUGCCCAAUGUUGAGAAUGGAAGCUGGAAGACGGGAGGUGCUCUUCUGAACAGUGUCCCCAAGGAUGACAGCCCUGACAGCCUCGACUUCAUGGGAAGUACCCUUGUCUGCGUGGCCAAGUCUGUCGAAGAGGUGCGCGAGCAGUUGAGCAAGGACAUCUAUGCUACAUCUGGCGUGUGGGACAUGGACAAGAUCCAGAUCUAUCCCUUCCGCGCUGCCUUUAGACAGCCUUAA